UGUGUCUUCCUUCCGGCUUGCCGAAGAAAGUUGAGGGAGGUUCAGCGGCUACUGGGCUUUUACAUAAUGGACAGCCAGGGAAGGAAAGUGGUGGUCUGCGACAAUGGGACCGGGUUUGUCAAGUGCGGCUAUGCAGGCUCCAACUUCCCAGAGCACAUCUUCCCUGCGCUUGUUGGGAGACCCAUCAUUCGCUCAACGGCCAAAGUGGGAAACAUUGAGAUCAAGGACCUGAUGGUGGGGGACGAGGCCAGCGAGCUGCGCUCCAUGCUGGAGGUCAACUACCCCAUGGAGAACGGCAUCGUCAGGAACUGGGAUGACAUGAAGCACCUGUGGGACUACACCUUUGGCCCAGAGAAGCUCAACAUCGACUCCCGCAACUGCAAGAUCCUGCUGACCGAGCCCCCCAUGAACCCCACCAAGAACCGCGAGAAAAUCAUCGAGGUGAUGUUUGAGACCUACCAGUUUGCAGGAGUCUACAUUGCUAUUCAAGCCGUGCUGACGCUGUAUGCCCAAGGCCUCCUGACUGGUGUGGUGGUGGACUCAGGUGACGGUGUGACACACAUCUGUCCAGUGUAUGAGGGCUUCAGCCUCCCCCAUCUGACGAGACGCCUGGACAUAGCAGGCAGGGACAUCACCCGCUACCUCAUCAAGUUGUUGUUGUUGAGGGGUUAUGCCUUCAACCACUCUGCAGACUUUGAGACGGUGCGCAUGAUGAAAGAGAAGCUGUGCUACGUGGGCUACAACAUCGAGCAGGAGCAGAAGCUGGCGCUGGAAACCACCGUGCUGGUGGAGUCAUACACGCUGCCAGAUGGUCGUGUGAUCAAGGUGGGAGGAGAGCGGUUUGAGGCCCCUGAGGCUCUGUUCCAGCCCCACCUCAUCAACGUGGAGGGUGUCGGAGUGGCUGAGCUCCUCUUCAACACCAUCCAGGCGGCUGACAUAGAUACCAGGCCUGAGUUCUACAAACACAUCGUGUUAUCAGGAGGAUCCACCAUGUACCCGGGCCUGCCGUCUCGGCUGGAGAGGGAACUCAAGCAGCUGUACCUGGAGCGCGUGCUCAAGGGAGAUGUGGACAAACUUUCGAAAUUUAAGAUCCGGAUCGAGGAUCCUCCCAGGCGAAAGCACAUGGUGUUCCUGGGCGGAGCCGUGCUGGCCGACAUCAUGAAGGACAAGGACAACUUCUGGCUGACCCGGGAGGAGUACCAGGAGAAAGGAGUCCGCGUGCUGGAAAAACUCGGAGUCACCGUCAGAUAAAGCACUGAACGGACAGACCACGCAUACACACACACAAAUACACACAUAUACAUGACAUGCACACACUUUCCCCCCUCGCCCCCAUCGCAGAGUAUAUAACUAUUUAUCCCUCUUCUCUCUUUCGGCUCUUGAUUCUCCUCAAACAUCAAAGGGAGUCGAGCCGUCACCUCCCCGCUCUCCUCCUCUCUCUCCUCUUUGCCUCUCUUCUCUCCUGGUUUGGGAUUGGUUCACACUUUUCCUCGCAAGCCCUGAUUUCCACUGGAACCCCUCCUUUAUUUUAACUAGGAAUAGAAGGGUAAAUGUUGCCCCGCUGGUGUAUUUUGGAGCCUGAUUUUCAUUGAGUGCUGGUGGAGAAGGUUAAAACCAGAGCGGGAAGUGUUUUGAUGUGAAUUAGUUUUGGCAGGUAAAGCCACCAGCCACUGCAGCGAGUGGUCCAGAAAGUUUAGUUUUCUCCCUUGAUUAAAUAUCCGGAGGGGAUUAAUUGAUGCAAAGUUUCUAAUCAACUCAUAAGCGUCUGUAAUAUCACAAUCAGGGUCCACCACAAACAGCCACGGGCCGCUUUCAGCAUCUGUUCCAGGUGAGCGAGAACUGAUCAGUUUUAUGUCGGUUUUUAUAAAUGAUAUCAUGACUUUUCUUUUCUGGGAGAGGGAUUUCUUUUCUUUUUCUUUUCUUUUUUUUUUUGCUUUUUUCCUUUUUUGUUGGAUGUAUGAGCUCAUAUCUUUAAAUCAGAAUUUUUUUUUUUUUUCCAUUGACUUUUUUCUUUUGUUGCUGUGCACUACUACCAUUGUAAAUGGAGUGUAUUGUGGUAACAGAAGUUCCUCCAUGUUUUUAUGAAGAAUUGAUGGUUGAUUUAUAAAGGGACAAAUACGCAAAGUAGAGGCCCCUGAGCUUGACAUCGGUUGUGUGACGGUACUUUGGGGUUUGUGGGCGGUGAGACAAUGACGGGACGUGGGUGGAGCGUUUUACUAUUUGUUCCUCAUCAGACCGCCUCGCCGCUGCCUCCUCUCCGGGUGUAAAUCUAAAGCUUGAAUGAACGGGUGUGAGCAGUUGUAGCAACAUUCGACUGCGAUCCCGCUAUAGUCCCUCACCUGUCGUGUUCCUUCAGGUUCACCGAAGCGCGGAGGCAGUCGCAGGUUGACGAUGAGAUCGAUUUGAAUCUGAGCGCCGAAAAAACGGAUAAAAAUAAAACGGUAUUUUUUUUUUUUUCUUCGAAGUCGAAAUGCUGUUGAGAUCAUAUUUAAGUUCUCCAGUCUUUCUCUCCCAACGGUCGACUUAAUGAUUUCUGGAGGCACUUCUAUUUUGAGUAUGAUAAAUGUGUAUAUAUUUUUUUUUUUCCUCUUUCCAUGAACGUUUAUCCAGUGCCAAGUGCAGUUAAUGUUAACUGGAUCUCUUAUGUUUUAAUGUCUUUCUUUUUGUCAGUUUUUGUUUUUAUUUUCCUGUGUUGUUCAUAGCAUAACUGCCUAACGCUGAUUUAAAUAAAGAAAAGUGAUUUAUAAGGA